CCGAGUGGUGUCUCCAGUCAUAGAUGUGAUUGACUGGAAGAAUUUCCAGUAUUACCCCUCCAAGCACCUGCAGCGUGGGGUGUUGGACUGGAAGCUGGAUUUCCACUGGGAGCCUUUGCCGGAGCGAGAAAGGAAGAUCCUCCAGUCCCCCAUCAGCCCCAUUAGGAGCCCAGUGGUGCCCAGCGGGGUUGUGGCCAUCGACAGACAUUACUUCCAAAACACUGGAGCGUAUGACCCUCUCAUGUCCCUGCAGGGUGGCGAAAACCUCGAGCUGUCUCUCAAGGUCUGGCUCUGUGGUGGCUCCGUUGAAAUCCUCCCCUGCUCUCGGGUGGGGCACAUUUACCGGAAUCAGGAAACCCACUCCCCCCUUGAUCAGGAGGCCGCUCUGAGGAACAAGGUUCGCAUUGCUGAGACUUGGCUGGGCUCAUUCAAAGAAACCUUCUACAGGCACAGCCCAGAGGCCUUCUCCUUGAGCAAGGCCGAGAAGCCAGACUGCACAGAACGCCUGCAGCUGCAAAGGAGGCUGGGUUGUCGGAUGUUCCACUGGUUUCUGGCCAACAUCUACCCUGAGCUGUACCCAUCUGAGUGCAGGCCCAGGUUCUCUGGAAAGCUCCACAACAGUGGACUUGGCUUCUGUGUAGACUGCCAGGAGGAAGGGGACAUCCUGGGCUGCGUCAUGAUGCUAGCUCUUUGCAGCGACAGCCGGCCGCAACAGGGCAACAUCUCUCUGUAA